AUGGUCACAGGCACCCAGGCGCCCCGCCCACAGGAGCUGGGAAAGAAACAUCAGGAGCUUGAAACCAACACGGAACUGGUGGUGGCACAAGCCCUCACAGGCGGCGCGGGUUGCUUCAACGGUGACCGACCGACCGACUCGGACAACGUGUUCUACGCAGCCCCCAACAAGUCCGAGACCGCUGGCUGGCAUUUCCUCAGUCGGAUGAGAAAGUGUCACGGUGCUGACAGUGCUGAGGCUUGGUAUGGUCCACCCAAGUUUGUGUCUGGCGCUGGUCCACAGCACUUCGUUUACAACGUGCAAUAUCUUGCCGGAGAGUCACCUCGCUUCUUGGAGGUGGUGGAGAUGGUGAAGUCCUCUCUGACAGCUCUGGGUCUUCGAGAGGGUGCAGCCCACACGGAGUUGGUGUGGGUUGAGAAACCCUACAUCUACGAAGUGAACGCGCGAUGUUCCGGUGGUCUACCGCGAGUUCCUCCACCAACCCAGCUGGAUGCGCUUGCAAUGAGUCUGUUUGAUGAGCAAACCUUUCUCAGCUUGCCUGAUUGGCCAUCUGGCGACAUGAUGAAUCGCGCGGCGGUGGUUUUCCUCAUAUCACCCAUUGCUGGAUGGAUAACUCAAGCUGCGCUUGAAAGCCUUGCGGCUUUGAAGACGUUUCUUCGCUUCGAAAGGGGGUUGGCUGCAUGCAGCGCACCGUUUCGAUCUCUUCCAGUGAGCCAGACAACAGGCUUGUUCUCUUCCCCUGGAGCAGUACUUCUAACAGGAGAUGCCGCCGAUGUCCUGCAGGAUGUGCAGAUGGUUCGCGAGGUGGAAAAGACUGCCUACGUUGAAACCAUCCACAAACCUCCCCUCGCCCAGUCAUUGUGA